GGCAACUCCAAGACGGUGAUGGUCUCAACCGUGUCACCAGCCAGCACGUGCUACAGUGACACUCUCAGCACGCUGCGCUUCGCCGACCGAGCCAGAGCCAUCGUGAACCGGCCGGUGGUGAACGAGGAGCCCGGCUCACGGGUGGUGAUGGAGCUGCGCGCGGAGGUCAACAGGCUCAGAAGUCUGCUGGCCCUCAACAAGAUGGAAGGCUCAAGUGUUCAGACAGUCGGCGACGUCCCUGCGCCCAACCGAAGGCGCCCGCUGUCCAGCCGCACCCGAGAGCAUUCUCGUCGCUCGGUCGCCUGCCAGCGGCUGAGUGCCAGUGACCCGGAGCUGGCCGCGUCCUCCGAGCUCAGUCUGCGUAGUAGCGACUCGCUCUUUUGGGACGAGCUGAUCGGCAUCGCGUGCGAGCGAGAGCGUCGCUACUGGGCCAGCUUCUUGCGCUGGGAACAGCGGCGCGGCAUGUACCGGCCGGUGAGCAUGCCUGGCAGCAUGCACCGACUCGCCGAGGAGCACCGCUCGCGCCGUCAGGUGGUCCGUGAUGUGGUGCGCCGGCUGUACCCGGGCCGGCGCGGCGCCACGGCGGCGAACUCCGGCCGCGCUGACAGACUCCCGCCGACUUUAGACGAGUCUGAGGCCGAGUGGUGCUGCUGUGGCGGCAGGAAGCGGCGCAGAGAGAGCUCUAUCGAGUCACGGCCGCAGGAGAAGCGUAGCCGCCUGAUGGAGGCUGACGCCGACCUCGAGCGGGUGCAGCGUGAGGAGACGCCGCCAGGGAGCGAGGUCAAACCGCCGCAGGCCGAGCGUCGCGGGGUCGCUGUUGGCUCUCAGUUCGGCUCUGCCCCAGACGUCGACCUGGCUCCGCGUCGACGCCAGCGACUGGACUCCGCCCGGCUGGUGGCUGAAGUCUCGGCGCCCAGCAGUCAGUAUGACCUGUCGACGCUGUCGGCGGCGCCGCCGGUGUCUGCUUUUUCGCGAUCCGUUGACGAGGGCAUCGGCACCAGCUUCGAUGUUUGCGCGGCGGCCUUCUCGGACGACAGUUUGGAGCCGAGCCACCUGGGCAUCUCACAAGACUCGCUCGACAUGAUCGACGCCGACUCGGUCGAGGAACUCAGUGGAGGCAAACGGCUCAUCGACAGCAUGUUCGACUACGCCAACCAGGGCCAGGUGGUGAUGGCGCCGUCGCCGGUCGACGCGUCGGAGCUGGUUAGGAAUACGGGACGUGACACUGUGAUCCGGAUCACCAUGAGGAGGGCGUCGGCCUCGUCGGAGAGUGAGUGGGGCAGCGUGUGUUCCAGCCUGGGCCACCGAGCGGGCCGUUCGAUGCGGGCGGACGUAAGGCGGCGGGCCGAGGAAAGGCUCUCCUGCUCCGGAGCCUCCGACUCGGAGGAUGACGCGAGGCUCGUGUCGGCCGCCGGCAGUUCGCUGCGAGCAGACUGGCUGCCGGUGAACACGCCCGCACGACUGAGCGCCGAUGACACGACGAGCUUCGAAUCGGCUCUCGAUGAGGGUUGGGCGGCCAGUCGGGCCAUGCCCGUCCCGUCACCGCCGCCCCCGGCGAUAUACGUCGACGAGUACGAAUCGCCGGACGCGCCGGUCGGCUGGAAGCGCCACAGUCGGCUGUCGAACUCCGACUCGCUGGAGACAGAAGAGAUGCGCCCCUCGGAGGAACCAACCGCCGAUGAGGAGACGCCGCUCCGACAUGACCUUUACACAAUCGUCGAGACCGGCGUCGAGGCCGACGCGGCCAUCGAUUUCCGUGCGGAGCAUCCAUCAGCGCACGCGCCGCCGUCGGCUGCCCGGGCGAUAGCCAGUAAACAGAGGGAGCCGGCGAGCGGCGCGCCGGCCCCAGCUGUCGGCGCGCCAGUGCGCGGCCCGUGUGCACGCUGUGACGAGUGUCAGCUGUGCGAUGACGCUGAUUACCGGCUGCGCUCGCGCCUGGCGGCGGUGGCGGCCGGCCCGGUCGCCGGCUGGAUAGACGCGGACAUGUGGGAGCGCUACGUGUCGCGGCUCGAUUGCCGCAGCCACCUGCUGUUGCAGGAAGCGCGCCGCCGACCCGGCAUCGCCGUCAGCCUGUUGGUGCGUUCCCACAGUCUUCCUGACCUGUGUGAGCAGCCGGCCGGCGCUCAGGUGUCGCGACUGUACCGCUCGGCUCUUACGGUCACCGUGCCAGGCCGCGCGCCGCCGCUGUCGUUGGACGCCACGCUGCACUCGCUGCCACCCGAGCUCAGGGAGCGCACGUCGGCCGUGCCUUGCGACAGCAUACCCGAAGAUGACGACAGAAGCUCAAGGGGGUCGACGGAUGGAUCAGAAGACAGCCCCAAGGGUAGGUCAGGGUUCGGCGACGAUGAGGAGUGCGCUUCGUCCGCGCUGGAGGACGAGUCGCUGCCGUCGCUGCACACGCUGUCUGGAUCGUCGCAAGGUGAUCUCUCGAUCUCCUUUGGGGAGGACGCGCCCAAGAUCGGCGAUCGACCGGGCGAGGACUGUAAAGCGGUUGCGUUCGUGCCGAGGCCUGAUGGAAGUCAAACGGAGCCGGCCGACGACCUGCGCCAGGCUUCCGCCAGGGAUAUCGACGUUGAAAAGCUCCUCGAUCGAGCGCCGUCGCCCCCGACUAUUUGUGGCACUGGUGGCGACCUGGAGCCGGCCGAGGAUGAGAUCACCGCCAGUGGAAUCAAUGCGACGGACAGCAUCCAAGAAGCCGCUUGCGCCCGUGACGACAACUCACCGUCGGCUGGUGAUUUGGAACACGCCAGUGCUGACAGCAAACCGCCGGUCGUCUUCAUCUUCGAAGUGGAAGCUCAGGGUGCUCUACUGCGCAGCGAUGAGCCAGAGUUUAUCGACGCAGACGGUGACAAGCCGAGGCCAGCCAGAGAGGCGAAGAUCGUGGCGCCCGAGUCAUCGCCUUCAAUGACUCCCGCCGAGGCGCAAUUUUUCUUCUUCAAGACAACUGAAGAGGAGGUGAGUCUCGAAACUAUCGAGGAAGAGAUUGUCGAGGCGUUCGAGUCGUCCGCCUCGCUGAUCAGCUCGAGCUCCAGCAGCCACUCGAAGAACACCUCGCGCGACGUAGAGAGCGAGAGCCUGAAGUCGGACGUCAUAGGUGGCGGCGCGGCGUUCUCGGGCCGAGGGGAUGCAGGUGCCAGCCAGGAGCUGACUGAAGACCUGGAGGGUGUACGUGAUGACGUUGCAACAGACGACAUGGAGGCGGCCGACCCAAAGGUGCAGAUGUGGCAGCAGUACGUUGAGCUGCACCGCUCCGACGCUGCCAGCGCACCCGAGCCGGCGCCGCUGGGACUGGGCUCCGCUGACGUCAUGUACCUGUACAUUGAGGCGGCUGGUUGUGACAGCACGUCCGCCCUGUCUGAGGUGGGCCUGAGCUCCGCCGUGCCGCGCGAGCAGCACCGCGAGCCGGCCACACGGCUCGAACGCACCGUCUCCAUGGAUAGCGUGCGGCCGGCGCGGCGGGCGUGUGGUGACAUCCCACGCAGCUGCAGCGUCGAUGCCAUCGCGCCGCUGGACAUGAACAACAUUAUUGCGAUGGCCGUGCCACCAGCGACAAGCGACGAGCUCAGCGACGGGUCCAGCAGUGCCUCGGACGACCCGGACCUGGUGCUGGACGGCGUGCAGCUGCGCGAGCCGCACCAGCGCCCCUCCAGCUUCAGCCUGACCAUGCCGCCGGACCCCUCCGCUUACUUCACAGACCAAUCCUCCACCUACCGGCCCUUCUACAAGGAUGCAGGGCUGGUGCCUGCAAGGCCCCUCUCGCGGGCCGACGCCCUGGAGCGCCAGGUGCGUGCCGAGGUUGAGAAGUUACGACAGGAGCGUGAACGUGGUCGCAUCCGCUGGGACCGGGAGGAGCCGGAGCGGCAGCGCCGACUGCGCCAGGUGGAGGACAGCCUACAGCAGAGCCUGGUGCAGAUGCGCGCGCUGGUAGAGCGACGCCGCGCGUGCGGUCGCGUCUUUGUGCACACGCUGCCGGCCGUAUCGGCGGCCCGGCACGCCGCGCUCACUACCCAGGUCCCAAGCUACCAGCUGAAGGGGGCCACGGCCGAGGCGGACCAGCUCGACGACCAGCUGCCCCACGAGUGGGACCGGAACGGCCGGCUGGAAGACGUCACGAUCGGCGGGCGUGACUACGCCAGCGGGCUGCGACCGGCGCCGGCCAACGGCAGCGUCACCACUAUCCUGCACCAGGAAAUCCGCGUGCCCUGCUGCGGCCGCUUCCACGGCCCCACCCACCAGCCGUCCAACCGCCGCAUGACGCCGUCCGAGUACCGGCAGCACCUGGCCGCCAUCCGCCGCAAGAUCUUGGCCCGGUCGGCCUGCACGCCGACGGCCGCUGGGCUCUGGCAGUCCAGGAACACGCUGGCUGGCGCCGGCUCGGCCGUCGAGCUCGGUGACCGGCUCUUUAGUCAGGACAGUGACUACGCGUCAGCCGAGCUGGACUGGGCGAGAUUCGGGCAGCUUUGA